CUUUUGCCAUUUUCUCAUGUGUAAUGAAUGAAAUAUUAGUAGUUCAAUAGCUGUGAUUUGUAUGUUGAAAUACUACCUUAAAAAUCUAUCAUCCAUGUAAUCAUUGAAAACUGAUUCUGGAAUUAAAACUUGAAAACAAGCAACUCUCACUUGAGAAAUUUAAACUAUUGACGUUCUUAGAAUAGAAAUCAAAUGGAUGUUUUACAAGUCCUGGUUUAAAGAAGGAAGUAACAUCAAUCUGCUUCAAUCUCAGCUGUGACAUCAGCCGCUGGAGCCUUGCUCUUUACAUGUAUUUAUGUCCUGAUAUGGCGCAAAAAAGGGAAAAGACUAAGGUUUCUCCUUUGCAAUAAGACUAGCAGCAACACCGAAAAGAAUUAUGAGGCCAUGAUAGUAUCGUACGGAUCCCUAGCUCCAAAAAGAUACAUGUAUUCAGAGGUACUGAAGAUAACAUCUUCUCGCAACGAUCAGCUUGGAAAAGGAGGUUAUGGUGUUGUUUUCAAAGGAAGACUGCAUGAUGGUCGUCUGGUAGCAGUAAAAUUCUUGCAUGACUGCAAAGGAAAUGGGGACGAGUUUGUUAAUGAAGUUAUGAGCAUUGGCAGGACUUCUCAUGUUAAUGUUGUUAGCUUAUAUGGGUUUUGUUUGGAGGGAUCAAAGCGAGCUCUUAUAUAUGAGUACAUGCCCAAUGGUUCCUUGGAUAGGUACAUUUAUUCAGAGCACCCCAAAGAAAAUUUAGGAUGGGAGAGGCUUUAUGUGAUAGCAAUCGGGAUUGCUCGUGGCCUCGAAUACUUGCACCAUUGCUGUAAUACAUGUAUCAUCCAUUUCGAUAUCAAGCCCCAAAAUAUCCUUCUAGACAAGGAUUUCAGCCCAAAGAUUGCUGAUUUUGGUCUAGCUAAAUUGUGUCAUACAAAGGAGAGCAAGAUUUGAAAUGUACCAUCCAAUGCACCAUUGCUGUAAUACAUGUAGAUUGAAAUGUACCAUCCAAUGCAAUGCCAUCUAAACAUACUUAUAGAUCACAGUUUAUGUGAUCGCUCAUAUUGACUACUAAAUCUGCACAAUGCCUAUAACUACUUUUUUUGUCGAACCUGUAUUUGAUCGACAUUGCUACUCUAUCAAAAGGAAGUCA